AUGUCAACACAAGCUCCCGCCGUAGGUGGAGCAACCAGCUCCAAUGUAAAAGCUGGAUCAACGCGUGCUGUCCAGUCGUCGUCGUCGUCGUCGUCGUCACAGCCCUCGCAGAGUCAAAAGGCUUCAGCGUGGCAACCCUACUCGAUCCUGCCUCCUGCCACCCGUCGCAAAGUGAGUGUUUACCACUCAUAAAAUACUCCCUCCCCAGAAGAAGUUGUUGUUGCUACUGCGAAUGGGAGCGUCUUCAGUAGGUUCAGCACGGUCGCCUCCGGCUGAGUUGUCCUCUCCGACUUGUACAGAUCGAUCCACGAUCCACGGUCCUGUCCAAGCCUUACCUAGAGUCGCUCAAUAUCCCAGACGAUGUCGCGCAGGAGCGUAUCGCCAACAAGUACCUCCAACUCGAGCCCCCCGAAGGCAAAGAGUCGGAUCGACGGAAAGCCGAGUUGGCGACAAGAAGGGCCGAGAAGGACAAGCGCACCCUCGCCAAAAUUAGGCAAAGUGGGUGUGGCUUGGUUGGGAAAGCUAGGCGAAAGAGACUGGGCAAAGCUGUGGACGAGAAGAUUCGGUGCGUAGGCCCGCGUUCAACGGAGACGCCAUCCGCCGCUGACCUCUCGGUUUCCGUUGCUCGCCUUAAAGCUAUGACUCGGUGCUUCCGUUGCAUCAUUUGUGGCUAGGGUACAUGUCGGAACUACUUGGCAUUCGCCUCGAGGCACCACCGAUCGAUUCGUCGACAACGGAAGACACCAUAGGGACGACUACGACGACGGCGACCCAAAAAUUGGACAAGACGACCCUGUACCCGAUGUUCCCGCCGCGACAGAACGACGGGCCGCCAAUGUCCGAACUCAAUGUCAAUGUCGUGACUUUGCAUUCAAAGCUUGUCAAAGCAGAGUUCGUGGGCUCCAUCGUCGCAGGUGAGCUCACCCCGCUUCUUGGUGUCUUGAGGUCGAAGAGAAGAAAAUAACGACUCGGUUUCUGUCCCACAGUCAAACGAGCCAAGAACCCUUCUCUGGUUGGCAUCCAAGGUAUCGUCCUGCAAGAAACCCAAGGAACUUUCAAGCUUGUCACAGCGAAAUCUCAGAUCAAGCGUGAGCACAAGCUCCUUAGACCCCGGUGACGCCCGCUGAGCUCGCAGCUGACUGCUUCGUAAUAUCAUGUGAGACAUCAGUCGUGCCAAAGCAGGGCUCAGUCUUCGACAUCACAUUACCUCUCGCUGCCAAGGAUGAGUCUGACACGUUGUCACGGAAACUCUCCUUCGACCUCUUUGGUGAUCAAUUCGCAUAUCGGUCGGCCGAGCGAGUCGGCAAAAAGUGGAAGGCAGGGACCAGCGCUGGCGAGGUGCAAUUGUAA